AGUUAUUUACAGUGGUUCGUUGGGUGGCAGACAAAGAAGGAUUGCGUCCCCGACCCUGGAGUUUCAUUAUCAUUGGGCAAGGGACCCGAUUUAUUCAUAUGUAUAAACGACAUAGGAGGAUUUGCCAUUACAGAUUAUUAUUUGCACCAUCGGAAAUGCAUGCAUUCGUCGAUUCAAUCAUUUCUUCCACACUUUUAUAAUAAAUCUCUCCUCCGUGUACGUCGAAUCCUGAACUCAUGUGAUACAUGAUCCGUCUUAAUUUAACAAAUAUUUACGACGAGCUUGUCCAGCUCGAUACAGAUUUUAAAGUGAUUUAUUUGUGGGAGGAAGCAGAAGGUGUGAGUUAGUGAAUUGUGUAAAUUAGCUCUACACACAUAUGACUGUUGAUAAAUAUCGCUAUUUCAAUAUUGGUGGUCAAUAAGAACACAAAAGUGUCCAAAAAAUGAGCAGCCCAUGUGCUGCCGACACUUCCUCUACUCAGGCCUUCACUUCUUAUCCAUCAUAUCCCCUUAUUCCACAUCACCGCCAAGAACGCCAUGCAUUUUUCGGAGUUGCAUUGGCAUCAGUGGAUCAAGAUUCCGGAUUCUUUGACAAGAACGAGGACUUGAAUGGAGUCUCCUCAAAUUCGGUGUCGCCGGUUGAUAUGAAACCACUCCUUCUUGACCAACACUCAUCCAUCGACAACAGUAACGCAGGAAAUCUUGCAAUCUACAAUAAUCGUCUCAACCUCCUCCAUGUGGAGCGUUUGGACAUUAAAAGAUACUCACAAUCAGUUGAACCACUCGGACCUCAAGAACCUGCAAUUAAACGAUUCCGAGGGAGCGGUGUCCUCUCCCUGAGAGAAAUUCCCUCGUGGAAUAUUUACUUUCAUGAUCAGAGGCGUCAGCUUGCAAAAUUCUCGGACACGAAUAAAGGAUAUCAAAGAGAUCCUUUCUUGAACAAGCGCGUUUCACUUUCGUUUUACAAAAAUGUUCUAGUCAAACUUGAUGUAGAUGCGGUGGUGGCUCCAACAACUGAAUUAUAUUCAGCGGACACGGGAGUUGCGAAAUUAUUGCACGACGAGGCCGGAAGAGAUCUGAAAGAGAAAUGCAGUCAACUCCCGAAAUGCGAAGUGGGCAGUGUUGAAAUUACAGAUGGAUGCAUGCUUCCUGCGAAAUUUAUAUUUCACGUAAAUGGACCCGACAUUCAUACCGAGCCGUACACAUAUCAGGAGAUUCUUCACCGGUGUUACGAAAAUUGUCUCAAUUUGUUAGUUCAGCAUCAACUCAGAACAAUUGCAUUUCCUUGUAUAAGCACCGGGUCAAGGAAAGGAAUCCCUAAGUCAGCUGCAGCUGAAGUUGCCCUCAGCACCGUGCGUCGGUUUCUGGAGCAGCAUAGCGAUAAAGUUGACCGAGUGGUGUUUUGUCUGCAUAACAAAAAGGAUAUUGACAUUUAUCUUCGACUCAUGCAAAUUUUUUUCCCAGUUGAAUAACAUGGCAAAAAUGGGUCACUGUAACACGAAUUUGUUACUACUAAUAUUUUUACUACACAGAAUAAAUUGGAAAUUGUUUACAUAUUUUCGUCAUAAAAACAA